AGUUCUCGCGAGACUGGAGACCAGGAAGACGCCUGCAAAGCCGGGCUGCUGGUGCUGCAGAGGCUGAGGCAUCAGGUGCAGCUGCAUCCGGAUCUCCUGCCUUGGAGCCUACUCCUUGUCUCUAAGUCGGGAGGCAGGACGUGGUCAGGCCGGGGCUGUGGAGGUGCGCUGUGUCCCCUGAGGCCUAGAGGAUUCGGGCUGCGGCCUGUCGGAGCCAGUCAGGGAGGCGCCCGCACUCCUGACAGGAUAAGAUGGCGGCGAUGGCGCCUGGAGGUAGUGGCAGUGGUGGCGGCGUGAAUCCAUUUCUCAGCGAUUCGGAUGAGGACGAUGACGAGGUAGCGGCAACAGAGGAACGGCGGGCAGUACUUCGGCUGGGUGCCGGAAGUGGCCUAGAUCCUGGCUCUGCGGGCUCGCUGUCGCCACAGGAUCCGGUGGCCUUAGGAAGCAGUGCGCGGCCAGGGCUCCCUGGGGAGGCGUCGGCGGCUGCAGUGGCCCUGGGGGGCACCGGGGAGACCCCGGCCCGAUUGUCAAUUGAUGCGAUCGCUGCUCAGUUGUUGCGCGAUCAAUACUUGCUGACCGCCCUGGAGCUGCAUACCGAGCUGUUAGAGAGUGGCCGGGAACUGCCUCGGCUGCGCGACUACUUCUCCAAUCCAGGCAACUUCGAGAGGCAAAGUGGAACCCCGCCGGGGAUGGGGGCGCCAGGGGUCCCUGGAGCAGCCGGCGUUGGGGGCGCUGGAGGUCGGGAACCGAGUACAGCGUCGGGCGGGGGACAGCUCAAUCGAGCUGGGAGCAUUAGUACCCUUGAUUCUUUAGACUUUGCAAGAUAUUCAGAUGAUGGUAACAGGGAAACAGAUGAAAAAGUGGCAGUCCUGGAGUUUGAACUACGGAAAGCCAAGGAGACCAUUCAGGCCCUCCGAGCCAACCUGACAAAGGCCGCAGAACAUGAAGUUCCUUUACAGGAACGAAAAAAUUACAAAUCAAGUCCUGAAAUUCAGGAGCCAAUCAAACCUCUUGAAAAGAGAGCUCUAAACUUCUUAGUCAAUGAAUUUUUAUUGAAGAAUAACUAUAAGCUUACAUCAAUAACCUUUUCAGAUGAAAAUGAUGAUCAGGAUUUUGAAUUAUGGGAUGAUGUAGGAUUAAACAUCCCAAAACCUCCAGACUUAUUGCAACUCUACCGGGAUUUUGGAAAUCAUCAAGUAACUGGAAAAGAUCUUGUAGAUGUGGCCAGUGGAGUAGAAGAAGAUGAAUUAGAGGCCCUUACACCAAUUAUAAGCAACCUUCCUCCAACUCUUGAAACUCCCCAGCCUGCAGAGAACUCCAUGUUAGUACAGAAAUUAGAAGAUAAAAUUAGUUUGUUAAAUAGUGAGAAAUGGUCAUUGAUGGAGCAAAUCAGAAGACUUAAAAGUGAAAUGGACUUCCUCAAAAAUGAACACUUUGCCAUCCCAGCAGUUUGUGACUCUGUUCAGCCUCCUUUGGAUCAGUUGCCCCACAAAGACUCUGAGGACAGUGGACAGCAUCCAGAUGUAAAUAGUUCAGACAAGGGAAAAAACACAGACAUCCAUCUUUCAAUAUCAGAUGAAGCUGAUUCCACUAUUCCUAAAGAGAAUUCCCCAGAUUCAUUCCCCAGGAGAGAAAGAGAAGGAAUGCCACCUUCUUCUCCAUCAAGUAAAAACACAGUUCAUUUUGAUAAACCUAAUAGGAAAUUAUCUCCUGCAUUCCAUCAAGCACUACUCUCUUUUUGUCGAAUGUCAGCAGAUAGUCGUUUAGGAUAUGAGGUGUCUCGUAUUGCAGACAGUGAAAAAAGCGUUAUGUUAAUGCUGGGACGCUGCCUGCCACACAUUGUUCCCAAUGUGCUAUUGGCAAAGAGAGAGGAGUUGAUCCCCCUCAUAUUGUGUACAGCAUGUCUACAUCCUGAGCCUAAAGAGCGAGAUCAGCUUCUCCACAUACUUUUCAAUUUGAUCAAGAGGCCAGAUGAUGAGCAAAGGCAAAUGAUACUGACAGGUUGUGUGGCAUUUGCACGUCAUGUUGGACCAACACGUGUAGAAGCUGAACUUUUACCACAGUGUUGGGAACAGAUUAAUCACAAAUACCCAGAAAGACGACUGCUUGUGGCAGAAUCCUGUGGAGCACUGGCACCUUACCUUCCUAAAGAAAUCCGUAGCUCCUUGGUUCUUUCAAUGUUGCAACAAAUGUUAAUGGAAGAUAAGGCAGAUUUGGUAAGAGAAGCUGUUAUCAAAAGCCUUGGUAUCAUUAUGGGAUACAUUGACGAUCCAGACAAAUAUCAUCAGGGUUUUGAAUUGUUGCUGUCAGCCUUGGGUGAUCCCUCAGAAAGAGUAGUUAGUGCUACACAUCAAGUAUUUUUACCAGCUUACGCUGCGUGGACUACAGAACUUGGAAAUUUACAGUCUCAUCUUAUACUUACACUACUGAACAAGAUUGAAAAACUUCUCAGGGAAGGAGAACAUGGGCUGGAUGAACACAAACUCCACAUGUAUCUUUCUGCCUUGCAGUCCUUGAUCCCAUCUCUCUUUGCAUUAGUGCUACAGAAUGCACCUUUCUCCAGCAAAGCCAAGCUUCAUGGUGAAGUGCCACAGAUAGAAGUGACUAGGUUUCCUCGGCCUAUGUCGCCUCUUCAAGAUGUGUCCACUAUUAUCGGAAGUCGUGAGCAAUUGGCAGUGCUACUACAACUUUAUGACUACCAGCUAGAACAGGAGGGUACAACAGGCUGGGAGAGUUUACUGUGGGUUGUCAAUCAAUUGUUGCCACAACUUAUAGAAAUAGUUGGCAAAAUUAAUGUUACUUCAACUGCCUGUGUCCAUGAAUUCUCCAGAUUUUUCUGGCGCCUUUGCCGGACAUUUGGCAAAAUUUUUACAAACACUAAGGUAAAACCUCAGUUCCAGGAGAUUUUAAGACUAUCUGAAGAAAACAUUGAUUCCUCAGCAGGAAAUGGGGUCCUCACUAAAGCUACAGUCCCCAUUUAUGCAACAGGAGUCCUUACGUGUUAUAUUCAGGAAGAAGACCGAAAACUGUUAGUUGGAUUCUUAGAAGACGUAAUGACGCUGCUUUCAUUAUCUCAUGCUCCUCUUGAUAGCCUGAAGGCUUCUUUUGUGGAAUUGGGUGCAAACCCAGCCUACCAUGAGUUACUAUUAACUGUUUUGUGGUAUGGUGUUGUCCAUACUUCAGCACUCGUGAGGUGUACUGCUGCUAGAAUGUUUGAGCUGUUGGUGAAGGGGGUGAAUGAAACUCUGGUAGCUCAGAGGGUUGUUCCUGCUCUCAUUACUCUCUCCAGUGACCCUGAAAUCUCUGUCAGGAUUGCCACAAUUCCAGCCUUUGGCACUAUUAUGGAAACAGUAAUUCAAAGAGAGUUGCUGGAAAGAGUGAAAAUGCAGUUGGCUUCUUUCCUGGAAGAUCCUCAGUAUCAAGACCAACAUUCUUUGCAUACAGAGAUCAUAAAAACAUUUGGUAGAGUUGGCCCUAACGCAGAACCCAGGUUCCGAGAUGAGUUUGUUAUACCACAUUUGCAUAAGUUAGCCUUGGUGAACAACUUACAGAUUGUGGAUUCUAAAAGACUGGACAUUGCUACACAUCUUUUUGAAGCCUACAGUGCACUUUCCUGUUGUUUCAUUUCAGAGGAUUUAAUGGUUAAUCACUUUUUACCAGGUCUCAGAUGUUUACGGACUGACAUGGAACAUCUCUCUCCAGAGCAUGAGGUUAUUUUAAGUUCCAUGAUAAAAGAAUGUGAACAAAAAGUUGAAAACAAGACCGUCCAAGAGCCUCAAGGCUCAAUGUCAAUUGCUGCAAGCUUAGUGAGUGAAGAUACAAAGACCAAGUUUUUGAACAAAAUGGGCCAGUUGACAACAUCAGGCGCCAUGUUGGCCAAUGUGUUUCAGAGAAAGAAGUAGAAGCAGGAAAGAAGCCCCCAGUAAACACUAAGAUGGACCUCAAGCCGACUGGUUCCUUGUACUUGAAGUACUUGCCUUUUUUAUUUCCUCAGUUUUAUGUUCUUGCAUUAUAAUUUUAUCCUAACCUCCAAAGAUAUUUGCACUGCUUUUAAUUACUGCUGUAUAUUUGUUGAUUUUGGAGUUACAACUGUGGUGAUAGAAAAUUGAGUUGAUGGUCUGUACCAAGUCCCUUGUCUAUGUUCUUGUCUUUCAGAAUAAUUUUUAUAUAAAUAUAUAUAUAGUGAAGAAGUUUUUUUUAAUUUUUGGAUGGGAUAUUCGCAAAUAUCUGUAUUAUACACUAAGCUAUUACAAUGGUACUUAAAAUAAUGUAAAUUUGAAGUCAUUGUUAUAAAAUAAUAAAGUGGAGAUUACUUAAGUAUUUAAAUUAUGAAAGAAUAAUGCAGACUUUUUAUUGUUUCUUAACUGACUAGAAAGAGCCACCAGCAUUACUCUGUGCCUUUUGGACAUCAGUUUGUGUGUUCUAUAGGAAUUGUGUGCAUUCCAUUCACACAGUAUUUCUUUAGGAUGCUGUGAUGAUUUGAAUUACAAAUCCUACAGUAAAUAGCUAAAGACGAAACCUUCAUUUCAUAACUCUCAUGAAUAUUCUUUAAGUGCUAUUUAAACCUCCCCAGCACUUAGAUGCAUAUAAUGGACUUACCUGAGGAAAGACAGCACAUAGGCAUGGGGAGAGGUAACCAAGGUGAAUUUUACAAACUGGUGUGUAGUAGAUUUAAAUGCUCAAAAAUAAAUGUAACUGAGAAGAGUUAAUGAUUGUGAGAUUUUUCCCAAAUUGAGAUACAGAAGAAAAUAUAGUUUGAAUCUGAAAUUUAACACUUAUUUAUGUAAAACAUUUUAUUUAAGAUAUUUUCUAAUGAUUUUAAUUUUAGAGAGUACCUUUUCAUUCUGUGUGUUACAGAGAAGUACUGAAAAGUUAAGGACACUUGGGGGCUACUUUUUUCCCUCUAAACUAAAAAAGACAUUGGCUAAAUUAUAACUAGUUAGUUAUCACCUUGUCCCUGAAAGUCAGUGACCUCCUGUGUUUGAUGUAUAUUACAUAGAGUCUUAAGUCAGUGUACAGUUCCACUGGAAUUUGACAGUUGUCUAUACAGUCAUGCAACUUGAAGUAGAAAAGAGUGCUGGACAUAGGAAGGGGGUGCUUGGUUUGAGGGGUUAAUGUGAGGCCUUUUUGAAAAAUGAAUAUUUUGAUAAAAAGAAUUCUUGUUUUAGCACAGUUGAUGCACAUAGGUGAUUCUCAUAUUUGUUGUAUAAACUGGUUUAAUACAUUUGGAACAUAGUUGGAUUACAUUCAUUUCCUGGGAAAGCUAGCUUACCAUACAUUCAAGUUUAUAAAACAAUUUGCCAUAGGCAAAGCCAUUUGAAAAGUUCAUUCUGAAAUUAUUUCAUUUACCUACAGUGAAAUAAUUGUGAACUAAGUAGUCUUUCUGAAAACUGUUGGGUUCUAGGCAUUCCUGAGAAAUUGAAAGUGGCUACCUUUCAUGUCAAAAAUGUUGAUCUAUUAUAAAUAAAAUGUUUUUGCAUA